AUGGGCCAAAUACACACCGGAACUGUUCCGUCAUAUGGUAGCUGUGACCCAGACGACAGGAUGGAAGAUACAGCAGAGGUAGACCGGCUGCUGCAGGCCACGGAAGAUGCAGUUGAAACAGAUGAACGGCUUCACAUCAGUCCCUACCCGUCUUCAUCGGACAGUGAAGUCCAGGAAGGCGUCCGCAAGAUCGAAGCUAUCAGCAAGACAUGGACGCAGAGAUCUUUGGUAAUUGCAUACCUUGGUAUCAUGCUCAUGGCAUUUUGCACGUCCCUCGAAGUCCAGACAGUGGCCUCCCUAACUGCCUAUGCUACAAGUUCCUUUAGCAAACAUUCCCUUAUUUCAACCGUUUUGGUCAUACAAAACGUGGUUAACGCUGUAAUUAAACCGCCCAUGGCUAAGUUUGCAGAUGUCUUUGGUCGCUUUGAAGCAUUCUGUAUUGCAGUCUUCAUCUAUGUUCUUGGAUAUAUACAGAUGGCUGCUUCACAGAACGUUGAGACCUAUGCAUCCGCCCAGAUAUUUUACUCUGCGGGCUCUACUGGACUACAGAUACUCCAACAGGUUUUCAUUGCUGAUAGCAGUAACCUACUCAACCGAGCGCUAUUCGCUAAUCUUCCGGAUAUACCCUUCCUCUUUACUGUUUGGCUCGGACCGAUGAUCGCAUCUUGGGUACUCAAGCAACUCAACUGGAGGUGGGGAUAUGGCAUGUGGGCUUUACUCCUGCCAUUGGCAUUCCUCCCCUUGGCUCUAUCACUAUACAUCAAUCAAAGGAAAGCCCAGAAAUUGAACUUGUUAAAGUCCAAACCAUGGAAGGGCAAAGGCCUGAAGAAGGUGCUUCGCAGUGCAUGGUUUGAGUUGGAUGUAUUUGGCCUCAUCCUGCUCUCUGCCGCAGUGACCUUGAUUCUUGUGCCCCUGACUCUGGCUGCCCAUGCAAAGGACAGCUGGCGGAAUGGGGGUAUCAUAGCUAUGAUUGUUAUUGGAGGUGUAUGCCUGAUUGCAUAUCCGUUCUGGGAGACAUCCAAACGCCUUGCGCCGCAUCCUCUGCUAUCCUUGGGUCUUCUCCGCCAGAGGACUGCCCUUGCUGGCUGUGCCUUGGCUUUCUUCUACUUUAGUAUAGCUCCCAUCCCCCGUAUAGCGCCUUUAAAGGUGGUGCAGGGAAAACCUGUCGUUACCGCAGGAAGAAUCACCCAGACGUUCUCCUUCAUGUCCACAAUUGCCGCCCUCGUUGUCUCCUUCAUGAUCAAAUACUCAAAACGAUACCGCCCGUUUGUCACCUUUGGCUGCGUCGUCUACAUGCUCGGGCUAGCUUUGAUGCUCUUUACUCACAAGUCAGGGAAAUCCACAGUACAAAUCCUUUUCGUGCAGUCCAUAAUUGGUAUGGGAGGCGGACUCGUCAAUGUUCCUGUUCAACUCGGUGUCCAAGCCUCAGCGAAUCAUCAACAGGUAGCUGCGGCCACUGCUAUGUUUCUGACUGCUCUUGAGAUGGGCGGAGCUGUGGGGUCCGCUGUAUCGGGUGCCAUCUGGACCAGCUAUCUACCACAUAAACUAGCGAAAUAUCUCCCCGAUGAAACGAAGGGAGAAGCUACUGAAAUCUUUGGAAAGCUGACUAAAGCACUAUCAUACCCAAUGGGUUCGCCAACCAGGGACGCCAUUAUCCGUUCCUAUGAAGAAACUAUGCAGACUCUCCUAAUUAUUGCCCUUUGCGUUUGCAUACCCCUGAUACCUUUGAGCUUGCUCAUGAAGAACUAUGAGCUCGAUAAGGUUGAUCAAAGAGUCAAGGGUAAAUUGAUAGGUAACAUCGGCGAUGACAGCGAAGAUGUAUCUCCAGUAACCCCACAGUUCAGUACAUUCCCUACUUCCAACCUGAGCCCGACGAAACGGCGCUCUCAACACCAUCUCGUGGCUUAA